AAGAAAGUAAAUAAAGGUCCUGCCUUUUUCGGCAACCGCGAAAGAACGCAGUGUCCGAUUAGAAUAGGAAACGGCAUUUACGCGGGGGAAGAGAGGCCAAGCGGGAAUUCCACGAAUUGGGCGGUGGAGGUAUAAAAUGGCAGGGCGCCGCUCUGCACCAACCACCAGCCAAGCCUAAUAAAUCGCAAAACAAGAGCGGGGGAAGCGCCACCUCCGCCGCCGUCGCUGCUGCACCACCGCUGAGAGAGUGCUUUCGGUCUUAACCGUCCGAGAAAUUCUCAUCCACAUAUUAAGCCUCUUAGCCCCCGCGGGAAAGAGAGUAAGAGUGGUGAGAAAAAAAUAAAACCGACGAUUGAAAAAUGGCGUCGCUUACUCUGCCGUCUCCUUCUCGGACCAUGCCGUCUGCCCGCCUUGUCCCUUCCCAGCGGCUGCCUCUGCCCCUCUUCCCCCGGCGCCGCACCUCCGACCUGCCGUUCGACGGAGCUCCUUCUCUCUCCCGAUGCAUUCGCGCUCAAAACGCCGCGAAAUGUGAUGUAAGUGAGCCACUGGAUUUCGGGAAUGGGAAGCCAACCAUCCCGGUUCUCAAUGCGAGGACACUGCCCAAGUUCUACGAAUCGACUUCAUUGCAGAACACUGUUAACAGAACUAGCUCGCGGCUGAAACUCUUCUCGGGCACAGCUAAUCCUACUCUCUCUAGAGAAAUUGCUAGGUAUAUGGGAAAGGAACUAAGCAAGAUCAACAUUAAGCGAUUUGCCGAUGGCGAAAUUUAUGUCCAGCUGCAAGAAAGUGUUAGGGGUUGUGAUGUCUAUUUAAUACAGCCAACUUGCCCACCGGCAAAUGAGAAUCUCAUGGAGCUUUUGAUCAUGAUUGAUGCUUGUCGAAGAGCAUCGGCCAAGAAUAUAACGGCUGUGAUUCCUUACUUUGGUUAUGCCAGAGCUGACAGAAAGACUCAGGGCCGCGAGUCGAUUGGUGCCAAGCUUGUUGCAAAUGUUUUGACGAAAUCAGGUGCGGAUCGCGUUCUUGCCUGUGAUCUUCACUCUGGGCAGUCUAUGGGUUACUUUGACAUUCCUGUGGACCAUGUUUAUUGCCAGCCUGUUAUUCUGGAUUAUCUUGCAAGCAAGACUAUCAGCUCCAAUGACCUAGUUGUAGUUUCACCUGAUGUUGGUGGAGUUGCACGGGCACGUGCUUUUGCAAAGAAACUGUCAGAUGCCCCUUUAGCUAUUGUGGAUAAAAGGCGUCAUGCUCAUAACGUUGCUGAGGUGAUGAACCUCAUUGGUGAUGUGAAAGGGAAGGUUGCAGUUAUGGUGGACGACAUGAUUGACACUGCAGGAACAAUUGCAAAAGGAGCAGAGCUGUUGCACCAAGAAGGGGCUAGGGAAGUGUAUGCCUGCUGCACUCAUGCUGUAUUCAGUCCUCCAGCGAUCGAGAGGCUGUCGAGCGGGCUGUUCCAAGAAGUCAUCGUAACCAACACACUUCCAGUAGCGGAAAAGAACUACUUCCCCCAGCUCACCAUUCUCUCCGUCGCCAACCUCUUGGGUGAGACUAUCUGGCGUGUUCACGAUGAUGGCUCCGUCAGCAGCAUCUUUCAAUGACGAAAAUCAUUCUAGGCUUUUUAAUUUAAUUCUCCCCAAUUUUCCCUUCGGCCACAAAUAUUUUUUGUAAGAGCAGUUAAAUUGGAUCUUUCUUUGUUGAAUGUGAUCACUACCCCAUCUAGUUUCGUACCUUAGAAGUCAUCGUUCUAACCGGAUUCAGGAGUUGAUCAGACGCUUGUCAUCUGUUUUAGGUAAUGUUAACUAGAUGUGAACUUUUCCCUGCCCUUGAUUCAAACCCAACACCAGAUUACAUAAUUCAGUAAUGUAACAGGCUCAGCACUGUAAGUACAAAUUUAUAAGUGAACUGGAUGUGAACUAAUUAAGAAACUAGUAAACCAUUAAGGAACAUCCAUUGUUUCACGUUCAUGAACACCAUGUGUGAUUAUAAACGUUAAACUACAACGGGAAGUGAAAGCACUAAAGCAAAGAAGGUUCUUUUUGAACUUGGAAAGGAAAUCAUUAUCCCUAUGUGCAAACGAUUUCGCUCCGAGGCCACUGUCUAGAUAGCUUUCUUCUGUUUAUAACUCCUGGAACAUGCGAUAUAGACCACCAUAUUUGCAAAACUCAACCCUGCCAACAGCCAGAAGAAAUAAUCAAGAUGCCCCUCGUUCAAGUUAUCUGGUAUCCACCCAGGCUGCAACCCGCCCUUUGUGGUAAAAUACGCCACCAUUGUCAGGAUAAACGAACUCAAGUAGUUCCCCAAUGAUGUCGUUAGCAGCGCCAAUGCGCUGCACAGGCUCCGCAUCGCAUCAGGGGACUGCUCGUAGAAGAACUCAAGCUGGCCGAUGAACGUGAACACCUCUGCUGCUCCGAUCAGCAUGUACUGUGGGAUCUGCCAGAAGAUACUGAGCGGGACAGGUACAGCUUGGUCAACCAGUCCUAGCUCAUCAACGAGCUGGAGCCGCUUGAUCUCCACGAGCGCUGCUGCUGCCAUAGCAAGGAUCGAGAUCAACAGGCCGAUCCCCAUGCGCUGCAACUCGGAAAACCCCUUUGGGUUUCCAGUGAAACGAGAGGCAAGUGGAACGAUGAAUGCGUCGUAGACUGGGACCCACAAGAUGACGCUGAUGACGUCGAACGUGGAUAAGGAGGCAGGAGGGAUUUUGAAGGAACCGAUUGUGGCGUCCAUCAGCAUGCCUUGCUCGACGAACAUGGUGGACAUCUGAGCAUAGACUGCAGAGAACACGAUCACCGUGGCCCAGAUGGGGAACAUACGGAUCAGGAUUUUGAGUUCCUCCACCUGAGUCACCGUGCAGAGCCUCCAUGAGUUUGAGAAGUCUGAGCUUUUCAGCUCGACGUCUGAUACUACGCAAGCUUUAUCAAGGCAUUUCAGUUCAUCAGUAUGCUCCAGCUUACGGCUGCCUUCGACACUAGAGAUUGCGUCUUGCGUUUCGUACAAGAGGGUGGAGUCAGAAGGCACCUCUAGGUUCCACUUAUGAAAAGAUGCGACCAAGACCUGGCACAUUCUCGUAAGAGGGCUUCCCCCUGGUCUCUGGAACCUAUAGAGUGGAGUGCCAGCAAAGAAACUUGCUAUGGCAAUUCCCAUAAAUAUGGCAGGCACACCAAACCCU